AUGGCAAACUUUUCAGAACUACUGGCUGAAAAGCUCAAGGAGUUACAGGCUUCACAAGACUUUGACAAAGAAGCCCUGUUGGAAGCACAUGAGAAAUAUUUGAAGCUUCUUCGGCAGAUGGAAUCAACGCAAGGGCACAGGGCGGGGUACACGGUGCGGAAACCGUCGGAGCAAUGGCGACCUUCAGUCCCACUGAACGGGCUACGGCCCAUUCGGGCAAGGGAACUUCAAAUUGACAAGCAUCAUAAUGACAGCGUUCUAUUCGGAACGCUCUGUGCCGAUGCGCUCAGAAUGGCGGGGAUUAUGACUAUCUUGGAAGACCAGUUUGGAGAUGCUGUUCGACUUGCAAUAUACAACACUUCAAGCAAUCAAAGUCCGAGCAGUCUUUAUCCCAAAGGCUCCAAGGUUGCAAUCAAACAGCCUUACUUUAAGCAAGGCUCUCAAGAUGGUGUAUUCAUGUUGCGCGUUGAUAAUCCUCAAAACGUUGAGAUUUUGGCUUCCUUUCCAGGAAAUGAAGACACUUCAUUGGCUAAGAGUUUGCUUGACUUGCGCAAUAAAGGCAACAAGUGCUUCCGGGACGAGGAUUGGAACAAAGCAAUAAAGUUUUACUCCAGAUGCAUAGACUUGGCUCUUUCGCGCGACAAACUUGAACCCCAAAUGCCAUCUGCUUCUAACAUCGAGGAGAAAGUGAAAGAGGCCCUUCUGUAUUCUUAUUCUAACAGGGCUGAGGCAAAGUUGAGGUUGAAGGAGUACGGGAAUGCUGUACAAGACUGUGACAAGGCGUUAGCUCUUGAUGAGCAUCACCUCAAAUCCCUGUUUCGCAAAGGCCGUGCUUUUCAUUAUCUUAGAGAAUAUGAGUUAGCUUGCCAAUGCUUUGAUAGAGCUCUGGAAAAGUCCCCAACAGAAAAAUACAUCCAGUUGCACUACGAAAAAUCAAAGGAACUCAGCUGUCAAAACCAGCAAGGUAAGUUCGAUCUCUCUGCCUAUUUUAUUAACGGUUCUACUGCAGCUGAGUUGAGCAAUUUUAUCGGUCCCGUGAUGAUUAAAAAGUCAGUAGGGGGUGGUAGAGGACUGUUUGCCACUGACAAUGUAGAUAUUGGUGAUUUUCUGCUUGUGGACAAUGCCAUUGCAUUUAGCCGCACCGAGAUAACGAGAUUGAAAGGAAGCCCUCGAAGAAUCAUACUUGGUAUGAAAGGAGUGGAGAAAAAACUUCGUCGUCUUAAACGAGAUUUAGAGGCUAAAAUCAUUUCCUGUGCAGCGUCAUCUCCGAGGAUAUUGCAGCAGCUAGAGUACUUUGCUGAUUCGGAUGAAAUGAAGGUGCCACCCAUGGACCUGUUCCAGAUUAAUAAUGGCAGCUGGAAUAACUACGAUGUUUGCAAUCAAGGUUGGGAGCUAGACCAGCAUAAGCUUUCCAAGAUAAUGCGAAAUGUGGCGUCUCAUGUACAACCUAUUGAAGCAUUUAGUGACAUGAAAAGACAAAAUGAGCUAUACGGUUUGUGGGCACUUCCCUCUUUCAUUAAUCAUUCCUGCUUUCCCAACGCCAAUUACCUUGUUGUAGGAGAAGCCAUGUUUAUUAUAACUGCAAGAAAAAUCGAAGCUGGAGAAGAAAUAACAACCCCUUACUUUGACAGUCUUGUGCCGUUCCCCACACGAGAAUCGGUAUGCAAGAUGAUGGGAUUUGAGUGUGAUUGUAAGCGGUGUAUGUUAGAAAGAUCCUUAGUACCAGCCGAAGAAUCACCAUUGCAGGAAAUCGCUGAAAUCGUUGACUCCAUGCACCCCCUCUCACUCUCUGCUCGUACCGUGCUCUCUGAUCUUGAGUUAUGGGCAACUGCUAUGCGAGUGGAAAACAGCAUAGAUGUCCUGCCCACUGAAGAAAAGCGGAUGGUAAGAGCAUCUUUCUUCCCGCUUUAUUGCAGGAUUUUUGGGUUACAGCACAUUCAUCCUAAUACCAGGACAACGUUGCCUUCGCUGAGGGAAGUAUUCGAUGGCUUCCAAGAAGUUGUUCCAGGGAAUUAUAAGUGCUUUGAGCUUUUUGCAAAGUUUCCUGUUUAUGCCAAGAGCGAAGCUGAAACAGACAAAGUUCUUUUUAAGAAGGCAUUGGAAGUAUGCAAAGUGUACAUGGGAAAGCACGAAGAAGGGCUUCUAAAAGCUGUAUUGAACUCCGUUGCAACAGGCGUGUUCAAACCGGGAUUUACUGUAUUCGGCUUCACUGAGAUUAACGACCUUCCGGAGCAGUAG